CCCACGGGUGAUGGGAAGGGCGGAGGGGCCCCAGCCUCACGCACUGCUCCUGCUGCAGCGCGGUCCCAGCUCCAGGUCGCAACCCCGCCCACGGGAGAGCCGGGGCAGACACCUGGGGCUCCUCUGCCCCUUAGAGACCAACCUGUGGGGCUCACCUGGCCCUGUUGCCUGCGUCUUGCACAGCGGCCUUGCUCCGGGCUAGGACGGGGCCCAAGGGGCAUUCCUGGUCCCGGGAAGCUCCCAAACCAGCAGGAGGGGUCCCUUGGGGUGAGGGCCUGGGCAGCUUAGAAAGAGCAGCAGGACUUGAGGUGACUCUCCGGGGCCUGGCCGUGGAACUGGAGUUCUUGCUGCUGGUCCCGGCGGGCGGGGAGCAGGCGGCCGGUCCCGUUUAGUCCAGGGUGGCCCACCUGGGGUGGGGCCCCCUCAGAGUGUCCCCUCUGGGCCUCGGGAGCCUGUGUUGGGCCCUUUGACAAGCUCUGGCUGCAGCUGCCCUCCUGCUCCAGAAGUUGCCCCUUCCCCUCGGGCACAGGUGGGGGCCUGGCCUGCAGAGCCCACCCUUGUUGGCUACGGGGCCUGCCGAGGGGCAGAAGGGGGCGUGGUGAGUGCCUGCAGGCUGCCGCAGUGCCCCGUCCACAGGUGUCCGAGAAUCCAGCUAGAGGUGAGCAUGGCCGAGCAGGAGCCCACCGCGGAGCAGCUGGCGCAGAUUGCGGCCGAGAACGAGGAGGACGAGCACUCCGUCAACUACAAGCCCCCGGCCCAGAAGAGCAUCCAGGAGAUCCAGGAGCUGGACAAGGACGACGAGAGCCUGCGCAAGUACAAGGAGGCCCUGCUGGGCCGCGUGGCCGUGUCCGCAGACCCCAACGUUCCCAACGUCGUGGUGACCCGCCUGACCCUGGUGUGCAGCACGGCCCCAGGCCCCUUGGAGCUGGACCUGACAGGUGACCUGGAGAGCUUCAAGAAGCAGUCCUUUGUGCUGAAGGAGGGUGUGGAAUAUCGGAUAAAGAUCUCUUUCCGGGUGAACCGCGAGAUCGUGUCUGGCAUGAAGUACAUCCAGCACACAUACCGGAAAGGCGUCAAGAUUGACAAGACUGACUACAUG